AUGAUCUUCGAGGUUGAUGUACCUAAAGAACGAGGCGUUAUUGGACCAGAUUUCGAGUGUGGUGCAGUCGAUGUCAUAUGGGUAGCUGAUAAUAAGUUAGAUAGUGCUUCAAUAAACAAAGAAAAUUCUAGUGAUAUCUUCUGUCCAUCGCUUGAAGUGGGAGCGACUGAAAAUGCAACUGCUAUCGACUCAAAAUACUUUGGCGCCUCUGAGUGUGUUGCCGAUACCAGGAAAGCGCAUUUGGACUGGGUUAGUUCGGCUAAUAACGAGUUCGUCACAAAGGAAAGAUCAAUGAGUGACUUCAAUACGCUUUUUCCUUCAGCAGAGGUGUAUCAAUUACCUUCGCAAACAGAUGCAGCACAACGAAAUUCUCGAUUUUCUGUAAGCUAUGAGUACGAUUAUGUUUACCCUGCAUUAUCUUCACCUAACGGACUUCGGAUGGCUGCCAAUUUCGAUUCAUUUCACACUAGCUGCAGCCGUUUCGAAAAUGUAGAACUGUACUCGAUGGACAGUGUGCUUCAUGAAACCAGAGGUUUUGUAGUGCGUGAUGCAGAAGCGGUUCAGUAUCACAACCAGGGCAUAAAUGACUCCUCUCCGAUUUCCUCCAAAAUGUCUGAAACUGAAAUGAGACAAAACUGGCAUCAUUCUGCAAACCGCAUAAUUACUAGCUUAAGUACCAGCGCUCCUUCAAGCUCUCGAAACGUAUUGUCCAAGUCUAGUAAUCUCAGCUUCAUACAGAAUGGUCAUGACAAUUUGUACCACGGACAAGAUGACUCAUUAGGACGCUCGUAUUACGAAUGGAAUCCUAAUCAGGACGUGCCAGGAACGGUCUCUGCAAAACUCUAUCCACACGGAGGCUCCCAAUGCAAGAAAGUGGUACAUCCUCAAAUUGGAGUAGCUACUACGAAACAACGUGAUCCACAUGAGAGUAUCAAGAACGAGAUGUAUAACAUGUACGUUGUACAUUCGGCAAACUGUGAAGAAUUGGAAGAUCGUUACGACAACUUGGGAAAUAGCAUGGAGAAAACGGUUGCUUCUGUUGCGGAAAACUCAUCAAGGAAGAGAAACUUUCCCGAAGUGUCAUGGAAAGCAGAAGAAUCAGUAUCACCGCAGAAGAAACAAUGUUAUGGUAAUGAGAAUCAUGUAUGUGGGCAGGUGAGAAGAAUUGGUACAAGGAUUCGAUUUUUCUUUUGCUUAUUCGCCAAACGGUUCAAGAGAUUCAUGAAAACUUCUAUGCCGUCACUACGCGAUCCCGAUCAGUUAGCUGCUCGUGUCAUGGGAGUAGAUCGUGCUUUUGUCGUGCGCGAGUGUAUUUACAGUGCAAAGAAGGGCAAUUCUGCCGACAAGAAUGUAAAGGAAGCUACUGCCGAUUAUUCGCCAGCUCCAGUCAAGCCUACACAGACCGCCAAGAAACGCGGCAAAGAGAAACCUGAUCAGCCUGCUGAAUGUCAAGUGUUUCUGGUUGUGAGAACGCCAGAGAGCACUGAUGCUUCUUUUGUGGAGAGGCGCUGUUCUCCGAGACUUCAGAAUCAACGGGAAGUGUUUUAUGGAGAAGUUAAAAGGCGAAAUACUAAGAAGAUCAAGCAGGAAGAGCUCAAACAUGGUAACCGUCUUGUACUUUGA